AUGAAGGUCUGUUUUUGUACAUUAGGUUGUUUUCCUUGUCAUUUUGACUUUGAAAGUGGAAGUCUUGAUGGCUGGACUAAGUGUGGCACUGCGUUUAAUAAUCAGCCAACCUACGGGGACAACCCGACAGCUCGUGGCAAAGGGCAGCCUGCAAACCAACAGGGAGAUUGGUGGAUUGGAAGUUAUGAAAACCGUCCCAGUCCAAGUUCCCCAGCGGGAUUAUUUCAAGACGACGGACCACAGGGAACUCUCGCAUCCCCACCUUUCACCAUCGUUGCCAGCGGCAAGAUGUCUUUUUUAAUUGGGGGAGGGUGUGACAUUAAUCUCGUUCGAGCGGAGUUGGUUACCAACAACCAGGUGAACAAGUGCAUUAAAGAUGGAUUUAUAUUCACGGAUUACUUUGUCCGCACAAACCUCGUACAGUCAAACACCAUACUCAAUCUCCAUUGAGAUUAUCUUCUCCGGUGAAGAGGGGAGGGGGGGGGGGGAGUGGGGCAGGGUCGGGGAUCCCAUAUAUGGGCUAAAUAGUUAUGUGCCACCAGACAGGGUAUGGUUUCUAAGGGUCUCGAUCCUUUAUAAGAGUAUCAUUUUUUCCGUUGUUGGCGUUGUGUUCCCGGUGUGACCCUUAGGUAGGGCACCUAAAUUGUAUCUGAUAAGAUUCAAGUGUGUAAAUGCCAAGUUAGAGGAAAAUCAUCAUCUUAUCCCUCAGCGUAUUAGGAAGGGGAUCCUGAAAGCGAUUCAUUGGAUAUUUAUGUGCUACUAUUAGAUUCUUAAUUUUUUCCCUUGAAUAUAUGGUGUCAUUUUCCAGGUUUGGUCCUUAAAUAGGGAACCAACUUUCAUUUGUCUCAUACUUAAACAGGAGCUGAUAGCGUCAGGGUUUAAGACCGUGCUCCAGAUGUGGUUUUUUGUAUGAGAAGGAUUUUGUUUUUACAUAGCUUCAACUCUAGUUUAUUUUUUGCAGGUGGUGAGAAAAGCAACUGGAAAAUGUACGGAGACCAUGGCUCGUCAGACGUGGGAUGCAAGUGAAUUUGUCGGUCAGAAAGCCUUUCUUCGCUUAGUGGAUGAGUACUCUUACGGCUGGGGCCACAUCAACUUUGACGACCUACGCGGAGAUAUAAACUUUGUGUAUUGCCACAUUUAUUAA